AUGUCGAUGUUGGGGGGCGUCGGUUCACUCCAAGUCACUCCAAGUCGAACGUAUUUGAGCAUCGAAUUGGCGGGAUCAUGGUAUCGGCCAUAAUCUAAUCAAUAAUGGUACCGGCGUGUGCCAGUUGCAAUCAAUGCCUCGAAAACAUUGUUAUCUUUUUUAUGCACAAAGAAAAUUCAACUGCUUUGUUUUCCGAAGAAACAUUAAAUAUAAGGAAUGACUCGUAUAUGAGAAUACUUACUGUGAUUCCGAAAAAAACAUGGAUGCACUUGAUUCAUAAUAAAUUCUUUAUCGAAAAAAUCAGCUUAGUCAAGUAAAUAUGACAGGCAAUUCCAUUGAUCAAAAAAAUAAUACGCAGAACAUGAAUAAGAGUUUAAAAAUAGUACAUGCUUGUAUAUUGAAAAACUUUGCAUUGUGGGACAAUCAGAGUCACAAAACAACGAUGUUGAAGUUGAUUUACAGUAGUGUCAAACAUCUAACUGAAAAUAGACGAGGAAUAUUAUCGAAUGACACGUUAAAAAAUUUGCAAAGAAUGCUUGUGAUUAAUGCAGCUAAUAAAUGUAAAUGUUCGCCAAUUAAUUCAAAGCAGUUACAAGAAGACAUUACAUUUUUUGGUGUAAAUGAUGUAGCCAAAUUUGAAAUAAAUGACUCAGACAAUUUGGAGGUCAAAAGUGUUAUAGAGGCAAAAUUAAGAGAGGAUAUACACGAUUUUAUUAUAAGGUACAGUGAUUUGGGCGGCAACUUGAAAGAUGUGCCAAAGAAUUUAGACAAGCUGAACAAACAUUUCCGUCAAAUAUGUUGUCAGAAAAAUGAACUUCAACUUUUAAAUUGGAAAAAGAAAAUCAAUGAAAUCUAUAUAAUGUACGAGAAACACUUGAUGAUGAUCUGCAAAUUAUUGAUUGGCUGGCCGCAUGUCAAAGGCAAAUUAAAUGAAACUCAAUUUAAAAACACGGAAGAUAUAUUGCUACAAGUCCAAUUCACAGAAACACAAACUAAUAUCAGUAAAUUAUCCUGCAAAUUAAGAAUGUUUUUAGAAUCACCUGCAUGCAUUAAUGCUCUUAAAACUUUAAGCAUGAACUUAGACACAAAGAUUCAUGAAAUUGAUUGUGAAAUUCAGAGAAAAUCAAAUUUUAAAAAGGAAUAUGAGGAUCUGAAAUCCACAGAAUAUGAUGAGAUUUUAAAAAAAUAUACUGAUAUGUGUAAUGCUGUAAAAAAAAAAAAAAUGUUAUAUGACCGUUUGUAGUAUAAUACAAACUUCCGUGGCAUAAAGGCACAGAAAUAACGUUCCUGUUACAGUUUUCUAUAUUAUAACGAGGGAUGAGUGAAAAACUCGUAUUUGAAUGAAGUAAUCAAAUAUACCAGUUUCAUCGUU